AUGGACAUGAAUAUCCCACGAUCAGAGAUAGGCCUUCUGGCUGAUGAAAUCAUGGAGCAAGUUGCAAAAUGGGAAACUUAUGGCGAGCAAUCCGGGACAUCGCUGCCAUCUGUCAGUUUCGACACUCGUACUCCAGUCUUGACGGUCCAUACUCCAGAUGAUGUCCUUGAAGCCAGGGAAAAGAUCAUAGAGUCGGCAUUCAAGCUGCUCCAGUUAGCAGCAGGCCCCUCCAAGUUCGCCUCAAUUGCAAUAUCUUAUUCCCAAACUAUUAUGGCCCUUAAAUGGCUGUUCCACUUCAAUAUUUUCGAUCUUGUCCCCGAAGAGCCGAUUGGAUAUGAUGCACUGGCAGUGUCUGCGAAUGUCCCAGUCUUUGAGCUCAAGCGGAUGCUACGACUUGUCAUGGCCAGCUACAUAUUUUCUGAGCAGGUGGAUGAAACGGUGCAACACAAUACAAUCUCGAGGGCAUUUGCUCAUGACGAAAACAUGAGACGGGGCAUCCCCUUCUUCUGCGACGUCGUCAUACCAGCUGCAGCAAGAAUGGAGGACGCAACAAUUCGCUGGCCUGGCUCGGAGGAUUCAGAUGAGACCGCUCGCAACAUAGCUCUAAACGAUGACUUGCCCUUUGAUGAAUAUCUGACUGAGUGCAACCAAGCUGAGGGAUACACUCGUCUGAUGAAGCUUCUUGGCAGCGAGCCUUUUCGACAGAAUGUCUACUCGGCUAAUGUUGUUCAAGGAUUCGAUUGGGCAAGUCUACCUAGGGAUUCACUGGUUGUGGAUGGUCCCGAGGAUAAACUUGACAUCAUGAAAGAUUUUGUCAGAAUGAGAAACCCAGGGCUCUUGACCCAAAUCAACUUCUGCCCCCACAACUUCUACGGGGAGGAGCUCAUCCACUCAGCUCGAGUGUAUCUUCUUGCCGGCACUCUUGAGAAUCUACCCGAUGACGACGUCAGAGAGAUAUUGAGAUGUGUCUCAAGCGUCAUGGCGCCCACAUCAACAAUGGUAAUCGUUGAUUCGGUACUGCUGGAGCCAGAUGAUGAAGAAUCAAUGGCAGCGCAGAGGGAAAGUCGAUGCCGCGAUAUGACCAUAAGACAGUUGCAUAACUCUGGCGCCAGAACAUUGCUUGAAUGGUCAGACCUUAUUACCAGCGUUGACGAUGGCAAAAAAUUUGACAUCUUUUGGGCGAUGUGGGGUGAAUUUGAGGGCGUGAUGAUGAAUGCUGCAGCUGGAGUGUAG